AUGAGACGGUACGCCAAAGUUUUCCAAGAAGGUCUUGGACAUUGCAAAAAACAUAAGGUACACCUCACACUCAAAAGUGAUGCUCAGCCUCGAUUCUUCAAACCCAGGCCACUACCAUUUGCCCUGAAGCCUGCUGUUGAAAUGGAUAUUCAAAGACUCGUUCAUAAUGGAGUUCUACAGAAAGUUGAACACUCAAAUUCGGCUACACCCAUUGUUGUGGUACCAAAAACUUCGAAAGCUCUGGAACUUGAUGAUGAGUCUCGGAAUUUCAUGGUGAUUACGACACACUUGGGCCUGUACCAGUACACACGCCUUCCCUUUGGGAUUGCCGCAGCCCCUGCCAUUUUUCAGCACACAAUGGAAACAAUGUUACAGGGAUUGUCUGGCAUUGUCUGCUACCUUGAUGAUGUCAUUGUCACAGGGAAAUCUGAUGCAGAGCACCUCUAA